AUUCCCCCCCACUCCUUCACUCAUCCUUCAUCCAACAAUUCCAUAUAUCCUAAUCUCUUCGCUCUUCUUCUUCUCCAUCUUCUUCUUCUUCUAUCUUCUUGUGCUGAUUGAUUGAAAGUUUCUGUUACUUAUCCAUUUACAAACCUUAAUUCCGUCGAACUUCUAGAUCAUAUUUUUAUAUAUUAUAUAUUCUUAGAAUAUUUUGUCCACUUCCACCAUGUCAACCAUAGUAUAUCAUCAACAAGGCAAUCUUCAGUCGUGUUUCGAGCCUCAAAUCUUCGAGAUGACGGCCACCCUAAAGCUGAAGGUGCCGCCGCCGCCGCCGUGCCACCAGGAGGUUAAAGACCUGGGCGGUUGGAGUAUGCUGCAGAGCCUCUCCGGCAUUAAUAUUUCCAAAGACGCGGCGGGGGAGAAGGAAGCCGCCGUGUACGUUCACCCCCUUUUGCGGCGGCCGUCGUCGUCGCGGCUGAGCGAGAAGAGCUUGGCGCUGUGCACGGAGGCGCUGGGGAGCGAGACGGGGACCGACAUGACGACGACGGAGAGCAGCAUUUUCUCGUCGGCGCUUUCUUCCCCUGAGCCGACGAGCCGCCGGCGGGAGGAAUCGCUGCCUCCCUUGUUUCCGUCAUCGCAGCAACAUAUCGAGUCACGAAACGUUACCUCCGGCGCCGGCGCCGGCGCCGCAUACAGGCCGAUGAAUAAUAACGGCACCAGAAAUUCAAGAAAUAAUAAUUUCCCACCUCCCCUGACAACGAUAAGCGGCGGCGCGAAUUCUCUACGCGUCUGCAGGCCCCACCGCGAAGAUGGCAGGUUGAUAAUCACGGCGGUGGAGACCCCAUCAAAGCGCACUUAUCUCCAAGCCGACCGGAGCAAUGGCCGCCUUAGGCUAUCCUUUUUCAACGCCGCCGACCUCGCUGAUCAUCACCAAAGCUUUGAUCCUCAAAUCACCACGAGCGAGGAAAGCGACGGCGAGGAAUUCAAAGAGGAAAGCGACGAGCUUGAGGGCGACAUUAACGGCGAAGAUGAAGUUGCAGAAGUCCAAGAGGUUGAAGAAGAUGAGGAAGAAGAAGAAGAAGAAAGUGACGUGUACAUGGCAAGGGACAUGGAUGGGAAUACGUCGAAUGUUGAGGUGGAAAUGGGAAUUACGCAAUGUCUGCUAGGCAGGUGCAAGGAAACUGGUGGACAUAGCAACAAGGGAUUGAGUCAAUGGGGGGAGCCUAAGACUUUGUGGGUGUCUACUUGAAAAACCAAAAAAAAAAAAGAAAAAAAAAGUUUUUUUUUUUUUUUAAAAAAAAUUAAUUUGAAUUUCUUUUUCUCCAAUUUUAGUUCCACAAUUCCUCUAUUUUACCAUCUUUUAAUUAAUUUCCUUCUCUAUUAUCCUUUUUUUUUUUCAUCUUCAAUACAACAUAUAUAUACCCCCAUGCAUUCAUGGAGGUGUGUAUAUAUUGUG